AUGGAGGAAAAGCUGGAGACCGAGCCUGCACCUCAUGCCCAAGCGGUGGGCUACAGCUCGUUAAUCAAGCCCCAGGCUCGCCAGCCAUACGACCCUACGGUCGCCUUUGAGGAAUAUCACUACUAUGCCAACAAAACCCGAGAGGAAGAGUUGGGUUUGGCAGCACCUCAUUCCAAUGUUCGAAAGCUCUUUCAGAAGGCCGCUCGGACAGACGCCCAGGAUGACAUCCCGACCACAACUCUGACUGAGGCUGAUUUCAGAAACCCAGAGAGGCGGCUGCAGAUCACCGAUGAGGAGUGGACAAAUGCAAGUCGUGCCUUCAGGUCUGCCUCGGCCAGUGCUUGCUUCUUCCUCAUUACUACUGACGUUUUGGGACCCUACGGCUCGGGCUAUACCAUGGGUACACUAGGAUGGGGGCCAGGUGUCGCUUUCUAUACGGUCUUUGGAUUUAUGGCUGGCUACUCUGGGUAUCUCGUCUACCGUGUUUUUCUCGGUGUUGAUAGCUAUGAGUUCCCAGCAAAGAACUAUGGUGAUCUGGCGUUCAGAACGGUGGGCCGAUAUGGACGAUAUAUUACCAAUUUCUGCCAAGGUAUCGGCCUACUGCUUAUUACUGGUCAAGUUACGAUUCAAUAUGGACAGAACAUCUCCCAGAUGUCCAAGUUCAAGCUCUGCUACGCCGUUUGUCCUGUGAUCUUCGCUUGCGCCGGCUUCCUGAUAUCGCAGAUCCGCACAUUACGGGCCUAUGGAUGGGUGGCAAAUCUUUCAGUCUGGCUGAAUAUUUUUGUUAUUCUUAUGACUAUGGGGAUUAUGGCAAACUCUCCACCUAACUACGCCGUCGCUAUACUCGGAUCUGCGGGCAGUGCGGUGAACCGGAAUACUAUCCUUCCCGAUAAGCAGGGCAACUACCCUCCCAUUAUCCAUUAUAGCAAUAUCCCUCCUGAUGGACUGAUCGGCUCUGUGAACGGGAUGCUCUCAGGCGUCCUGGCGUAUGCGGGUGUUCAACUCUUCGUGGAGUUCUUGGCUGAAAUGAGGCGACCUCGGGACUUCAUUAAAGCGAUGUGGGUUGCCCAGUUCUUCAUUUACAGCGUAUACUUGAUCUACGGCUGCGUUGUGUACUACCUUCAAGGGCAGUAUAGCUAUAACCCCAGCUACCAGGGAGUGAGCGCCUAUGGAUGGCAGACGGCUGGGAACAUGAUCACCUUAAUUGGUGCUCUCAUUGCCGGUGGCCUCUACGGAAACAUUGGGGUCAAGGUCGUCUAUAACAACAUCUUCUUGGAUAUCUUCAAAGCGCCCCCACUCACCACCCGAGUUGGGAAAAUUAUGUAUGCCGCUCUGUGUCCGAUUUGGUGGAUCAUCGCGUUUGUUAUCGCAGCUGCCAUUCCGGAUUAUAUGGGCUUUGUUUCGGUCAUCUCGGCAUCCAUGCUUCUCAAUCUUACAUAUAGCUUCCCGCCUCUCUUUGCGCUAAGCUUCGAUAUCCAGAAGAACGGCAUCCAACAAGGUGAAGGCUUUGAUCCGAGCACGGGACGCGUCUCAAGGGAGGGUAGCACCGUUCAGAGAUAUGUUCGUGGAUUCUUUGCGGGCGGCAUCUUCCAAGUCGGCGUCAACAUUUGGCAUAUUGUCUAUUUCCUAGCAUCACUGUCGAUGUGUGGUCUGGGGAUGUACGCCGCUGUAACUGGAAUGAUCGAUGCCUUUACCACGAACCAGUUAACAUCCUUCACUUGUGUCUCGCCUCUUAACCUCAAUGCAUAG